GGCAGUCAGUGUGUGUCAGGCAGUGAGCGAGGUGGGGUGUGCCUGGCGGCGGGAGGAGGCUCGUCAGAGGAACGUGGUACUACUUCAGUGUUCCAUCCAAGCUCUUGAAUUGACGCUGUGGUGUUGAUUGUUAUACUUCUUCAUGGAAGAGUAAUCAAUAAAUAUCUUUUUACCCUCCUGAACAUAAAUUUAAUAAGGAAAAGAGUUUAUCUCGAUUUUGCGGCCACGUCAACGAGACAUCAGAGGACGCAGAGGACACCACAGAUCUUGUGUUCAUCUGCUUCAUAUUGUUGGUGAAAGGAAAAGUGGAAGACAUAGGCGGAAACCUGUUGUGAAAUCUAUAAGAAAGUGCAAAGCCGUGCGAUAAGCACAUGCAGAUGAACACGCCUGGACAUGUGCCUCAGUGAAGUGAAGUGCGGCCGUCAGCAUGCGAGGCACUCGGCGUCACGCCAUGAAUCAAGUCACGUAUAUUUGAGCAUUCCUGGCUCCGCUAAGUGAAGGAAAAAAUAUGUGAGAAAGACUGAAUAUUACCGCCAAUACUAAAAGAAAAAAAAAUGCGUCUCUUGCCAAACUGGUGCCUUAAGAAAACCCACUCAGGGAGAAGAGAUGAAGGAGGAGAUGAAGGGGAGGUAGGAGGAGUAGGAGCAGAGGGAGUCUUCCAGGAUGAAACCUCAUGUCCUGAGUCUCUAAGGAGACUAAGGAGCGUGUUCUCAUCCUCUAGGAGUACAAGGACCCACGUGACCAAUAUACUGGUGACCGUGGUGGGCGUGGCCGUGGUCAUCGUCGGGGCCUACUUCUCCCGCGACUACGUGAGACGCGUGCUGCUGUGGGUGGCCGGCCAGCAAGCGUGGGUGGUGGUGCUGGUGUUCCUGGCCCUCUUCACCCUCGUCUCUAUGCCGCUGAUGUGGGGAUACAUUGUGGUGAACAUAUCGGCGGGGUACAUGUUCGGCACAUGGAGGGGCCUGGCGGUGACGGUGACCACGGCGACGGCGGGCGUGUUCGUGGCCCACAUGCUCAUCCGCGUCUGCCUGAGGGAGAUCGUGCACCGGCGAGUGGUCACCUCCCGUCUCCUGAGGGCGCUGCUGUCUGUACUGGGGGGCGCUCAAGCCUUCAAGGUCAUCGCGAUCACCCGCCUCACACCCAUUCCAUUUGGCCUCCAGAAUGCCGUAUUCGCUGUGUCCCGGGUCCCCACGUGGCUGUACCUGGUGGCCACGGUGCUGGGGCUGCUGCCAACACAAGUGCUCAACUGCUACCUGGGCACCACCGUCAGGAGUUUCGACGACGUGGUGUCCCAGUCUUCCUCCGCCUCAGCCACGGCCUGGGGAGUGUUUGCUGUGCAGGUGCUAAUCAGCGUGGGUCUCACCAUGUGGGUGGUGCGGCGAGCCAGGAUGGAGCUACAAAAGACAGUGGCGGCCCAGAUGUCAGAGGCGUCCUCUCCCUCACACACACCCACACACUCACCCUCUCAUCAACCAGUCGCCGCCACGCCCCCUGAGUCCCCUCCUGAAGUGAUCACAGGCCACCUGGAAAAGGUUGCAGGUGUAAAUUAUGGCUAUGAUGGCGACGGUGAGGGAGGUAUUAGAGCGGACGAUGAACUAAUUCUGGCUGACGGUGUCUCUCCCAGCACCUCUCCCAGCCCCUCCACUCACUCCUACUCCACCUCCAUCACCUACUCCUACUCCACCUCCACCACCACCACCACAACCACCACCACCACCACCACCACCACCUCCCGCAGGAACUCGGACGACGACAUUCUCAUCCUUCUUGAGCACCCUGCGUGAGGCUUCCCUAGCCAGGCGGCACCACUUGUUCGGCAAACGACUCUUGGGGGGCCAUCAAGUUGCGCCGCUCCCACCUCUCCCCAACAAUGCCCACGCCCAGGCAUCCUCCGCACACACUCCAGACAGUCACACGGAGCAAAGUAUUAAUGGAGAGAAAGGCAAGCGGUGCAAGAGCGCAAGGACACGAAACUUGGCCCGCCGAGUCAAUGGUACCAGUGGUUUGCCGAUUGUGUUCCAGACCACACUGAGCACGGUGCAGGACGAAGACCUGCAGAACUCCACCGCUUCAUGUGACUCUCCUACACGCACUCCAGACCUCGCACGGGACGCGGGCCGUGGUGACUUGGUUAUAUGUAACGUGGAAGAAGAAAACAGUGAAACGCACGUUACUGUGGUGAAAGAAGCGUACCAUUCCACCACUGUCGCGGAGGAUAUCGAUUCCUUGCCUCCCCGUCACUCCACUCCAAGCCAAUCCAUUCCUCCAACACCGAGAUUCCCCUUCCCUCCUACGCCAGGACGCUUCUCUCCAGGACACUCUUCCUCCUCAUCAACAGAAUCUCAGGUCUCCACACCGAGACAAUCCUCCGAUUCCACCUCAAGACAAUCGCCUCCUUCCAUCUCAAGACACUCGCUUCUUUUCACACCACCACGACAAUCCCCUUUGCAGACGCAGAUUCACGCCUCGCCAUCCACACAACUCACUGAAUCUGCCCCCUCCGCAUGACACACAGCCUCGCCGAGCUCCACUCCUCACUCCACCCACGUCAGUGACACUGGAGUGCUUCUAGAUGAACAAAUCUCGUUUGUUUCUUUAUUUGCAAACUCAAGUCUCGCCAUCCUGACGCUUGUGGCGAUCUUGACCAGGGCGGUGGUGGUGCUACCUUCACUGCUGACCCAACAGCUGCUGGUAAAAUAAAACGAUUUGUUCUGUCUUCAGGAAGUGCCCUGCUACGCAGCGCGGCACGAGGGGGUUGCCGAACAAUGCACAACAUGGUACAAGUCGACGUUUACAUAGGGUGAUAAGGUACAUGUAGGCAUCGCUUACUCAUUUGCUGCACCUCACGCCACUACAUCCAUCCACUCUGUCAUCAAACUGUGUGUUCACUAUAGACAGAUUUUGCCAUUUUCUUUAAAUUUGUAACCAGAAUAUAUUUUUAUAUUUUCCUACGACAAAGGCAUUACAAUAAGCCUGAGGCAUGUUGCAAGUAUGCCAAAAUUCAUCCAAUGCAACGCUGUAUCUAUUCCAUGACAACCAUUCAUGCAAAUAUUUUCAAACAAGUACUAUUUUUUUACGUUCAGAUCGUUGCAUUAAAAGAAAAUGACAAAAUCUGUAAUGUUGGAAUUUCUCCACAAACUAAUCGUGGUCGGUGUUCACAGACUCACUCUAAGGUCACCGCAUGAGGCGUGGCGAGGGUAAUGUGCCACCUGAUGGUGAACGUGCAAGUCACCACCGUCGUCCCUCCCUCCCCUGGCUGAGAGGCACACUGAUGGUGUAUAUCAUGUCUCACGUGAUGGUGUCCACCAAACUUUCCACACCGCCCACUCAUGCAAUGAAGGGGACACACUCGCCUACACUUCACACACAUACUUCACUUCACAUACAAUAAUUCCACUACAUGUAAGUUUUUUUUUUUUUUAUUAUUAUCAUUAGUAAAAGCAUUCACUGUGAUUUUUUAGAAAUAGAGUUGCGAGAAUUUAUAAAUACAGUCUGCAGGAAACACUACUGAAACAGUAAAUCGCCUUAGGAUAACCAGACAGGAGUGACGCCAAGCUGCGCGGGGCCUCCUGCUCUGCCGUCCAGCGUGACACACUCUGUCACUCGUCCAAGUACAGACAGUGUAGGUGUCACCUGUGUUGUAAUGAUAGAUCUGUGCUUGUAAUCUGUAAAUAUAUUUUGUAUGCAUCAGUAAUGUUUAUACAUACACGCCUUGGAAGACAAAACAGCAGAGUACAAUACCAAUGAUUAUCAAGAUAGUUUUCUACCCUUUUGAAGUGUGCAUCUACUCGUUUCUUCCUCAGCAGACCUGCACGCGGCACUCUUGGCACGCGCUAACGCACCACACACUAUUUAUAACAUUAUAAUUAU